ACCGAGCAUCUCGUUGGGGGAACGCCACCGAAUUUCAGGGGCCACAACCGUCCGACGGGGUCCGGGGGGGUCAAUGGAAAUCCCCGCCGCCCCGGAUGCAGCAUCAGGACGGACCGCUGGCGAUGCUGAACGAUGAGCCCCGGAGGUCAUGUCAGGCCCGGAGAACAUCCCCCUGGGGGAGUGCCCGCUGUCCCAGUCCCGGGACCAGCUGACCCCGCCGAGCCACACGGCCAGCACCGUGUUCAGCCUGUCCCGCAGCGAGUCCCUGUGGACCACGGACGCCAGCGGCGCCGGCGCCGGCCGCUGCGACGUCUUCUGGUUCCCCAUCCACCUCAUGUCCACCGGCGGCGGCUUCCUGGUGUGCGGCGUGGUGAUCAGCGCGCUGUACUUCGCCGGCCAGUGCCGGCCCGUCACCAACAUCCUGGGCCCGGCGCUGCUGUCCAUCGGCCUGAUGGUGUUCGUGGUGGGCGUGGUCCUCAUCCCCAUCACCCAGGAGAACAGGAAGCGCUCCACCAUCAAGAGACCGCUCAGCUACCACCGGCCGCCGGCGUUCAACCUGUGACCAACGCCGGGCUUUUGGAUGUUUUGGAAAAUCUUCCCAGCUUUUACCGAAGCUUCUGUCUCCAGCAUGGGAUUCUCUCCAGGAUGUAAUUAUUGCAAGACCCAGCGCGGCGGCGUUUAAAUGUCGACCAGGUUUUGACGACGCCGCCGCGGUCGUAACUGUGCAUGGCAUGAGCUGUUGAUACGAGCACGAGGACACAAAUUCACCGGCGAUCCAGAGCUGCAGAUACAGAGCGAAGGGUCCUUUUUUUUUUUCUUGUCUGCAUAUAUAUUAAUGGUUAAUACCAUGUUGGUAAGAACCUAAGGCAAAUAUAUAUAUAUACACGAAUCCGGCGACCGGUUUGUGUGUGCCGCCAUCUUGCGGCGGCGCCAUUGCUGCGGUGGCAGGUGUCAAUCUGCCACCGCAGCAAUGUUAUUGUAACCUGACGCUCUACAGCAUCAUUAUAGCUGGAUUGAUGAUGUUAGACAGUGGCCUUCCAUAAAUAAUGAAGGUAUCUUAAAUUAAUGCUGAUGUUAAUUUAUAAAUAAUGAUUUGUUUGAGCGAUAAGCAGGAAAGAAUAGAGGAAUAGGGAGAUAAGGGAGUGUAUGAUUAAACACUGUAAUAUAGCAUACGUUACGUGUGACGUUAGCAGCGCGAAAUGUAAUCAUUAUGGAAAGGCUACGUGAUUAAAAAAAACAACAACAACACCUGUUUAUGUUUUGUUUUAUUUUAGGUAUGCAAGAAUAUUUUAUUGAUCGCCUGGCGUCCGAUGACCAAAAAAAACGCAAUUACAGGUCUCUAAUUGAAGGGCAGAACUAUCUCAGCUCCGGAUGAUACAGAAUACAUACAUACAUAACCCCAAUCUUUAGAUAAAACUAGUUUGUUGAGGAAAAAAUAUCAACUCUAUUUGUAGCUG